GUGAUUGUCUGUCAAAAUUGAACGCGCUGGCAACAAAAAUUUAUUAUCUUUUCAUUAAGUAAAAAUUUCUUUCAACUCUUUCAAAAAUAUGCCAGCAGUUAAAGGACAAGGAAAGGCGCGUAUUUUGAAUACAAAAAAACAACACGAAGUUCCAAAAAAAGAAUCUCUUCAUCGUCGUCCGCGUGGUAAAAAACGGACGAAUAUUUUGCAUCGCGUACAGUCACGAAAUACAACUGACGUUAAUAAUUUUAUUUACGAACUUCUAGGGAAUUUAGCAGCACUUAGUAACAAUCAACGUCACUCGAAGUCAAAACAUUUUAAAGUUCCAGGAGUAAAAAUAAAAAGACAAGGGCGAGCACGAAAUAAUAACAAGACAAACAAUAGCCAAAAAAUAAGGAAACUCUCGUUUGCUCCAUCUGAAUCGCCUUCAAGAUUAAGUAAUUACAGUGUCAUGUCAGAGACAAUGGAUUCUGCGACAUCGAAAGCUAGCUCUGUUUACAAUUACAAUGACUCUAGAGCGAUCGAUUCUGAUUCACAGGAACCUGUGGAUUCGAAGAAAGGAAUAAAAGAACUUAUGAGACGAAAAUCUUUAGUGGAAUUAAUUAACAAUUACAUAAAAACUGGCAUAAAAGAAGAUAUGAAAAAGGAGAAACGCUACAUAAAGAAAGCUCUUUCUUUUGGAGUAAAUGCAGGUUACCUGAGACCUCUCGAUAAUUCAGGUCAUUUACUUGAAGUUUCGUCGAAAUUGCCGGGCAUUAUGUUCAAUGGUAUAAGAGAUAAUGUGGAUGAACGGAAGCGUCGAAAGAAUAUGCGACGAGGCAUUGUAAGUUUCGACGAUUACAACGUGAAAUCAGCGAAGAAACGAGCAACAACCAAAAAAGAAAUCGAAAAACGUCACAAAGAAACCAACACAAAUAUUUCGAAAAAAAGAGAAAGAUCCAUAUCGAAUAUAAAUCAAUCCACUUCAAAAAUUGCAAAUAAAAGAAAUGACAAGAAUAUACCACCAAAAAAGAAAACCAAAAUUGCUAGACAAUCAAGACCGGCAAUACGAAGUUCAAAGAGAAUGCGAAGACGUCGAAGUCAAACACCUUGGAGAAAAUCUAAUUUAUUUGAGAAAGACGACGAUUCACCGCAUGAUAAUGGAGAAAAUGAUAAGGAAAAAGAGCACGACAAUAAAAAUGAUAAUGAAUCAAAUAAUUCGACAACAGAUGCAAUGGAAAAUAGAAAAUCAGCUACAACUAUUUUCCGAAAAGAUGAUUCAAAAAAUUAUCAUCAAAAUAAUAGCGCACAUGGAAGUAAUGAUAAUUUUUCAGCGGAAAUUCAACCAUCAAUUGAAAGUACUCAAGAAGGCGAUAAACAAUAACAGAAUUAUUUUUUCAAAAUUUAUAUUAUUUAUUUAUUAACUUUUUAGAAUUUUUAUUUUUUCUAUUUUAAAUUUUAAUAAAUGGAAAUUUUAAAUUCA